AUGGAAAAGCUACUGCUUUGGGUUUCUAUCUUCAUCACUGUCCCAGAAGCCUUUGGUCAGACAGACCUCACUGGAAAGGUGUUUGUGUUCCCUAGAGAAUCUUCUACUGACCAUGUGAGCUUGAUCACACAGCUGGACACACCUUUGAAAAAUGUUACCUUGUGUUUUCGUGCCUAUAGUGACCUCUCCAGACCCUACAGCCUCUUCUCCUACAACGUCCAGGACAAGGAUAAUGAGUUGCUAGUUUUUAAAGAAAAAGUUGGAGAGUACAGUAUACACAUUGGAAAAAGCAAAGUUACAUAUAAAGUUAUUGAAGAGUUCCCUUCUCCAGUGCAUAUCUGUGCCAGCUGGGAGUCCUCCUCAGGCAUUGCUGAGCUCUGGGUCAAUGGGAAUCCUGCAGUAAGGAAGGGUCUAAAGAAGGGAUACUCUGUAGGAGUUAACCCCAAGAUUAUUUUGGGACAGGAGCAGGAUGGCUAUGGGAGUAGGUUUGAUAAAAGCCAGUCCUUUGUGGGAGAGAUUGGAGAUCUGUACAUGUGGGAUUCUGUGCUGACUCCAGAAGAAGUCCAGUAUGCAUAUCAGGGCUCUCUGGUCAAUUCUAAUAUCCUGAAUUGGAAGGCUCUGAAUUAUGAACUGAAAGGAUAUGUCAUUAUCAAAAACCUGGUAUGGAAGUGA